CCGGCAGGCAGAGCGGCGGGCAGAGCGGCGGCGGUAGGGAUGGAGGAGCGCUGUUGCGCGGCGGUGAUGCGGGUGCUGGUGCUGCAGGCGGCCUGGGCGCUGGCGGGCGGGCAGGUGCGCUACUCGGUGCCGGAGGAAGCCAAGGCCGGCACGGUGGUGGGCCGUCUGGCGCAGGACCUGGGCCUGGAGGCGGGCGAGGCGGAGGCGCGGCGGCUGCGGCUGGUGGCGCAGGGCCGGCGGGCGAGCGUGGAGGUGAGCGGGGCGAGCGGCGCGCUGCUGGUGAGCUCGCGGCUCGACCGGGAGGAGCUGUGCGGCAAGAGCGCGCCGUGCGCGCUGCGCCUGGAGGUGCUGCUGGAGCGGCCGCUGCGCGUCUUCCAUGUGGAGCUGGAGGUCACCGACAUCAACGACAAUGCCCCCAUCUUCCCCGCCGCCCGCAAAAACCUCAGCAUCGCGGAAUCCUCUGUGCCGGGGUCUCGUUUCCCGCUGGAGGGCGCGUCGGAUGCGGAUAUCGGAGCGAACGCGCAGCUUUCCUAUACACUCAGCCCCAGCGAGCAUUUCUCUCUGGAUUUGCACCGCAGUGAGGAAUAUCGAGAAUCCCUCUUUUUGGUACUCACGAAAUCUCUGGACCGCGAGAUGAUUCCCGUUCACCGGUUGUUGCUGACAGCGAGUGACGGUGGCCGGCCGUCUCUGACGGGGACAAUGGAGCUGGUGAUCUCGGUGCUGGACGCAAACGACAAUGCGCCCCAAUUCAACCAGUCGGUGUAUAAAGUGCAGCUACUGGAGAGUGCUGCAGUGGGAACGCUUGUGGCGACGGUGAAUGCGACAGAUCCGGAUUUGGGAAGUAAUGGUGAAGUGACAUUUAGUGUGAGCAAUACUUUUCCUGAAAAGGGGAUGAACAUUUUCCUUUUAAAUGGGAAGACGGGUGAAAUUCAUCUGGCGGGUACCGUAGACUAUGAAGACAUUCGGACACAUGAGAUAGAAGUUGAAGCAACAGAUAAGGGGACACCCCCACUGUCGGGUCACUGCAAGGUGGUGGUGGAGGUGCUGGACGUGAACGACAACGCGCCGGAGGUGUGGGUGACGUCGCUGUCGGUGCCGGUGUCGGAGGACGCGUCGGUGGGGACGGUGGUGGCCCUGCUGAGCGUGUCGGACCGGGACUCGGGGGAGAACGGUCGCGUGCGGUGCUGGGUGUGGCCGGCGUCGCCGUUCGGUCUGGAGGCGACGUUCGCGGGCUCGUACUCGCUGGUGCUGCGCGAGGCGCUGGACCGGGAGCGGGUGUCGGAGUACGAGGUGGAGGUGCGUGCGGAGGACGGCGGGGCGCCGGCGCUGGGCGCCCGGCGCGGGCUGCGGGUGCCGGUGUCGGACGUGAACGACAACGCGCCCGCGUUCGCGCAGGCCGUGUACACGGUGCUGGCGCGGGAGAACAACGCGGCGGGCGCGGAGCUGGCGCGGCUGUGGGCGCGGGACCCGGACGAGGCGGGCAACGGGCGCGUCAGCUACUCGGUGUGGGAGGGCGGCGCGGGCGGCGGCGGCGGGUGGCGGGCGGCGUCGAGCUACGUGUCGGUGGACGCGGAGAGCGGGCGUCUGUGGGCGCUGCAGCCGCUGGACUACGAGGAGCUGCAGGUGCUGCAGUUCGAGGUGCGCGCGGUGGACGCGGGGGAGCCGCCGCUGUGGGGCAACGCCACGGUGCAGCUCUUCGUGCUGGACGAGAACGACAACGCGCCGGCGCUGCUGCCGCCCGCGGGCCCGGCACCGGAGGCGGGCGCCGCGGCGGCCGAGGCGGGGGCGGCGGGGGCGGGGGCGGUCUCGGUGUGGGAGCCGGGCACGCUGUGGGCGUGGGCGACGUGGGGGGCGCCGGCGGGGCAGGUGGUGGCGAAGAUCCGCGCCGUGGACGCGGACUCGGGCUACAACGCGUGGCUGCGCUACGAGCUGUGGGAGCCGCGGGGCAAGGGCCCGUUCCGCGUGGGGCUCUACAGCGGCGAGGUGAGCACGGCGCGGGCGCUGGACGAGGCGGACGGGCCUCGGCAGAGGCUGCUGAUCGUCGUGCGCGACCACGGCGAGCCGGCGCGCUCGGCCACGGCCACGCUCAGCGUGUCGCUGGUGGAGGCCGCCGAGGCGGCGCUGGCCGCGGCCGCGGGAUCCUCGGCGUCGUCGUCGGUGUCGCGGUCGGCGGCGGGCGUGGAGCCGGGGCCCGGCGGCGCGGCGAGCGCGGCGACCAACGUGUGGCUGGUGGUGGCCAUCUGCGCGGUGUCGAGCCUGUUCCUGCUGGCCGUGGUGCUGUACGUGGCGUCGCGCUGGGCGCCGCGGGCGGCCGUGCUCUCGGGGCCCGGGCCCACGACGCUCGUGUGCGCCAGCGAAGUGGGCAGCUGGUCGUACUCGCAGCGCCACAGCCGCAGCCUGUGCGUGGCGGACGGCGCGGCCAAGAGCGACCUCAUGGUUUUCAGCCCCAACUUCCCUCCGCCGCCGCCCGGCCCCGCGCCCAAGGACACGCAGCCGGAGCCCUCCGCGCUCCUCGACACGGUCAGUGGCGAUACCCUGCUCGCUUCUAUUCUGUCCCCUUUUGCAGCUUGUCUCUCGUUCCAUUAGCUGCUUUGUUAGCCGGUCUCCGCCUCCGCAGCCUGAAGGCGACGGGUGCUUUGGUGUGUUAAUUUCACCAUUGUACUUGCUGCCUCGUCCUUGCAGAGGGAAGGUGUUUCUGUAACCCCUUGUGGUACGCACCUGAAAUUUACUGCUGUGGAUAUUGCUGUGGAAUUGUUCUGCCCUAGGAUGAAUCCUCUGCUGGUUGCAAUGAGAGCUGUCCUGUCAUGCCGCGAUGUUUCAGUUUUGGAGAGAACGUUCCUUCUUGCUGGUUGUGUGGGUUUCCACGAGCUUGCUAAAUGUGUGCAGGACAGGCUGUGGUGGUGACAGUCCGUCAGGUGCUGUGUAUUUCCUCACUGCCUUUGCUGACUGAUGGACCUGGUGGUACCACGUGUGGUUUCUUCCCUGGCCUCAUGUUCUCUCAUUUGUUCUCUACAAGAGAUGCAAGGCAAGGUGAUAAUUUGGACUUGUGUCCUAAUGUCAUCAUGGAAGCUCGGAAGGCUUUGUGGCCUUUUCAUGUUUUGUUUCCCACCCAGUUACUGUUCGCUGUAGUUAUAAUUUGCUAUCCUAGGUGGAGAGGUGGUUUGACGGACAGUGACCCCUUUUUGAUAUGUUUUUCCAAUAUUUACCCUUGGAACACCCUUUAAAGUUCCCUGUAAAUCCUCUUGUAAAUAACAAUAACCACAAAAAAUCCUACAACUAAUUUCUUGUACAUGGUGGAUGGCCACUGUCAGUGUCCAUUUCCAUGGGAGCUGUCCCAGCAUGACUGCUACAGUAAAUAUUGGUCUUAGAUCGCACAGUAAGAUGCACCUGCAGAGUCUUCCAGACCGUGUAUAUGAUGCCAUCUGUGGGGAUUUCACAGUGCUCUCAUUUCUGGGAAGUUGAGCAAAAGUUUAAUUGACCCCUGAGGUAAGAAAGGAAAUUGUGCCUUGCCACAGAGGUGAAUGUGGCAGUGACACUGAGCAGCUCUUGGUCAUGUCCUGGUUCGAAAGGUGACUUUGAGCACUGGGAAGCCUCCUCUGAGGGAACCUGAAAUCAUUCGUAACACAAUAGGUCAUAUCAUAGGAGGACUGGAAUGGGAAUGAUAUCCUUUUCUGGAGAAUAAUUGUUACAGACUGGGGGAUGGAGGAUGCUUAGAGGAAAGCAGGAGGCAGGAUGGGCCCAGAGUGUUUCUGCCCAGGAUCAUUUCUAUGUUCCAAGAGUCUGGUGUUGCAAUUCUUCUGCAUCAUGAUAUAAUAUCUGGUAUUGGAAUGGCCACAGAGUCCUUUGAGGUUAUGAAUAUCGCACGUCAGAGACAGUCCCCUGUGCUGCCGCUGGCCUGUCAUGUGGAAUGGGCUGGGUGACAGUUGGUAACAUGCAGAGUGAUGAGCAAUUUUACUGCUGUUUUGGGAAUAUUGUUGUGGGAGUGUGGUACUACAAACUGCUUUCCAUGUGUAUCGUGGAGCAUUUAUAGCAGCUUCCACAGCUCUUGCCAUGAUGGAUCUUUGCUUCAAUCUCAUCAGAGAUAAUUUUUAAGGGCAGUUGAAGAGAUGGGCUUAAUCUGGUUCUAUUCUUCCCCUUCUUGUGCUCCUGCAUGAUCAGUCUGGGUAGAGAUGGCGUGUCCUGUUAUCACAAAGGGCUUAUUCUGGUGUCUGGAUGCGCCCGCCAAAUCUCCACAUCUACAGAGCUGCGCAGCUCUGGUUUUCUGGUCUUGAAAUUCUCUCACGUAGUUAACAUUUUGAGUGCACUUGUGCUUUUGGUGUGAUCUCUUGAAGAAGAUCUGUGGGGAUUUGGAUCAGUGUUGUUCACGAGUCUAAUCACAGAACAUUUAAGAACUCGGUUUGUAUCUGCUAUUGCUGAAAAGGCACAAAGCAUCCUGGCAUGACAAUGAGUCAGAGAAUGGAUUUGGAGCAGUCUGUAUAUUUGUGCCAGCCAUGGGGGAAAGGAGAGAAUUUGAAUACAUCUUUGGGGUUUGGGGAGGGAAUAGAGACUUUCUGCUUAACUGCGGAGAUCCCAGUUCCCAGGGUGUAAGAUACAGGAUCACAAUAGAAUAUCGUGAGGACGAUCCCACCAUACAGUGCUGCUCUUCUGGUAUCCUACGAGGGCGUCCAGAAGUUCUGCAUAUCUUAGGGUACUGUUGUUCUUCCUGGUAUUGCUGCUUGUGAAGACAUCUGCCCUGCGUGCCUUUAAUUACUUGGUUUUGAUGUGGAAUAUUGUUUGUCGAUGAGAAGCUUUUUGAAAUCUGGGUCAUGCUGCCGUGCCUUCUCUGAACAUUUCCUAAAAGUCAAAAGAGAUGAGGAAUGAGAGCUUUUUCCAAAGAAUAUGUUACUACACCAUGUCAAGAGUGUUGAAGAUACGGUAAGUAAAGUCCCUUCUUGGUAAGGGAAAAGUGAACAGAGUGUGGAAAUGGAAGUAAAUUGAAAGCUAGAAGAGUUCAAUGGAGGAAGAAAAGGUGGAUAUAGAGAAAGAGAAGGGAAAAAAAAAAAAGAAGUAGAAAAGAGAGAGAGCAAGGGAGAAAUUAUAAAUUUGUUUACUGGCACGUCACUGACACUACCCCUAUACAUAAAAGGGGAAGAAUGCGACAAAGGAAAUGAAGAAAAGAAGGAAAGGGAGAAGAGAAAGAAAACGGAAAAGAAUAUGCUACUAAAUAAUGGCACAGUGAGGAAAUGAGGAAUUGAAGAUGACAAAGAGAAGAAAUUUAAAACAGGAUUACUCACGGAAGUUGCCUCAAAGUGCUGGCCGGAGCUGGUUGUCAACAGGUUCCGCCUCGGAUAGAAUACUGCGUUCCAGUGCUGAUUCCACAUAAUUAAAGUUGGUGGAUCAGAAUAAUUUUGUUUGCAGUGCGGCGCCGGAGGCGGCUGGCGAGGUACCAGAAGGGAUAAUAAGAGAGCAUCGGAAAAAGUCCAAA